AGUGUAGCGGAGUGGAGCCACGCGCAUACAGACGCGGGUUGGUGCUGGGUGCAUCAGGACGCGGUCACCGUGGCAGGGGGUGGUGCGAAAUCAUCGUUACUAGUCCUCUUCACAAAUUUUUGUCUUCCACGUCGUUAUUACAGCGUUGCGUUCAUCUUUGUUUCGCUGUUCCUAAAUCGUUUGUAAACGUGCGCAAACAGUGAGUUGGAUCUGCUUGACGUCGCUGUAGCAUCAGGUGCAGGCGCGCAUUGCGAUGGAGACACGUGCCCUCCCCAUCCACCUCUUCAUCAUCAUCAUCCUCAUCACCACCACUCGCCUCCCGCCCGUCUGCCUCUCCGCGCCCGUCUCCACAGCCGCGGCGGGUUACCUGGCGCAGCUGGCGGGCCGGGAGCGCCUCUUGGUGCUGGUGGCCCCAGAUCCGCGGGACCGUAGCUUCCAGGCCAUGAUGUCCUUGCUGAGCCGCGACGCCUACUGCGAGCUCUCGGAGCGCCAGGUGCGCCUGCUGCUGGUCGUGGUGGCGCCGGCGCCGGGCGGCGUGGCCGGAGGGGCUCUUAACGCCACCUUGCGCCGCGUGUCGCACACGGGGAGGCCCCUGGACGAGCCCCUGCCGGCCUCGGCCCCCGUGCGUGCCGCUCUGGCCGCGAUGCGCCUCGACCCGCGCCGCUUCGGCAUGGCGCUGCUGCGCAAGACGCUGCAGGUGGAACGGCGCCUCGUCACCCCCGUGCGCUUCCAGUCUCUGCUCAGAGCCAUCGACGUCAUGCCAGCGCGCAGGCGGGAGCGUCUCGGCCGCCGGGGAUGGGCGCAGCGGUGCCGGGAGACCGCGGAUGCCACGGCGGCACGGGCGGCACCGGCGGCAUCGGCAGGAGCCACGCCAGGCGCAGCACGGAGCCCACAUCGGGUUCCACCGCCACCCCCUGCGCGGAUGAACGUGCCCCAAGUUCCCCCGACCUUGGCCCCCGUGGCCCCUCCAGCUUCCAGGGUCCCUCCAGCCUUUAGGACCCCCGUGGCCCCACCAGCCUCCAGGGCUCCUGCGGCCCCUCCACCCUCCAGGGCCCCCGUGGCCCCUCCAGACUUUAGGGCCCCCGUGGCCCAUCCACCCUCCAGGGCUCCCGUGGACGCGCAGCGUGGAUGCGGGCGCGGUGAGGCGUGCGGCGGCGACGGCGGCGGUGGCGCGGGGGUCGCUGGAAUCGCGCGUGGAGGGGGAGGAGGAGGGGGGGAAGGCGACGCUGAGGCUGCGGGGUCUGGGGCGGCGCCACUCUCCGCCUUCCUGCAGCACUUCAGGGGCAGGAGGCGCCUGCUGGUGCUGGGUGCUCCGGCCGAGGAGGACGCUGCUUACCGAGCACAGAAGUUUGUAGUGAAGGGUCGCGAGUGCGAACUUGCACUUCGCAAAGUGAGCGUCCUGGCGCUGCUUGGGAAUGCGUCUGUGAGCACCCUGCGCAUCGACCACCACCACACAGGUCACGCGGAACAAGUGGCCCUGAACGUGCGGAAUGAGCUCAUCACCUUCGAGAUGCUGGGCGCGCUGCGGCACGAGUUUGGCCUGCCCCACGCCACCUACCGGCUCGUGCUCACCGACUACGACAUGCGAGCCACGGCGCGCUUUGAGAACCCCGUUCCGCUGGACACGCUGCUGCGGGUGCUCGACCAGAUGCCCUCGCGCCUGCACGAGCUGGCGCUGGAGACGGGCGCCCGAGCGCGCUGCGGUUCCAGCCGUGGAGCCGCGGGCAACGCUCUCGUCCACUUGCUCAGCAGGUUCCACUCAAAGAAGCGACUCUUCGUGAUCUCGUCGCCUGGCAAGAGAGAGCACAGCUACGUGCAGCAGCUCCACGCCCUCCGUGGCCAGGCCUGCUCGCUGGGCCUGCGCCACGUGGUGGUGAUUCAGCUGCUGGGCCUGGACCAGGAUGUGCAUGGCCAGCUGGAGAUCUACUCCGCCAAUGGAAAGCCGCACGCGGUUGAGCGAGAGAUGCUCGACAGCGUCAUGGCACGCAACCUCCGCGCUCACUUUGGCCUGCGCGAGGAUUACUUCUCCAUGGUGCUGGUGAGCAAGGAGGGCGAGGUGACGUCGUGGUUCCCGUCGGCCAUGUGGUCCAUGGCGAUCGUGUACGACCUCAUCGACUCGUCGCCUUCCCGCCAGCACGAGAUGGCUCUGCAGCAGAGCAGCGGGCUGCGUUGCCCAGAGAGGGUAAGCGCUGGCAAGGCGAGAUUUUAAAACUCAGCCACGUUCAUCGCAGCGCGGGAUACCUAAUCCUUUACUCCCGUGGUUAGAAUCAGGGAUGGCUGUUGUACUGUGUGCAUUCAGGAAAUCUGAAAAACCCUUUCUUCCACAUAAAACCACUUUGGUCUUGUAACGACCAUUCAUAAAAGGAGCAAUUAAUUUACAGGCCAGUUAGUGUUCCCCUGUAGGUGGUUUUUCGGUGGGUUUUUUUGUCAAUGUGUGCUGCAAGCAAUUACACUUAUUGAUUUUUCAACUCAAUGGAAAUCAAAUUGGUAAAAGUGCAGGUUGUUUAUACCGCUACUGGCAGAUGCGCCUCCACUGGAGAAAUUUCUAGAGAUGCCCUCUCUAGAGGCUAUUUUGGCCUACUCUUCCAUGGAGAAAUCUCUAGAGAUGCCCUCUCUAGAGGCUAUUUUGGCCUACUCUUCCAUGGAGAAAUCUCUAGAGAUGCCCUCUCUAGAGGCUGUUUUGGCCUACUCUUCCAUGGAGAUAGCUCUAGACAUGCCCUCUCUAGAGGCUAUUUUGACCUACUCUUCCAUGGAGAAAUCUCUAGAGAUGCCCUCUCUAGAGGCUAUUUUGGCCUACUCUCCCAUGCUGGCCAGACUUAUAUUUGGAAGAGGUGGGGGUACCCACACUUUACUUCACCACACUCGACCUACCAAUCGACUAACUGUGGUGUCCCUCUUUAUACUUUUGGGGUGGACAGAGGUGGGGAGACUAAUUGGCUGCGAUUCUUGCAAUAACGAUAAUCUCUUCAUUGGCCACAGGUCACUUUGUUAUUAUUCCAACAGUUUGUAGUAAAGUAAUUUUAUCGGGCUCAUAAGUGGUGGGGAGAAAAGUAAUCACUUCUGACAUGAAUACAGCAAGCAAUAUAUACUUAUUUGUUUAUUUGAGCUCUAUUCCAUUUGAGCUGUAGACAGGUGACACUAGUUAACUGCAUGCCCAUGUUUUUGAAAACUUGUUAUCUUCGAUGGGCUAUGAAAUGCAUCACAUAACUAAUUAAACAAAGUGUGCAACAUAAACAGCCAUCUCCAUACACUUUUAAAAAUACAUUUCAGUGAUGUUCGUGAAGCUUGUAUGCAAUUGAGUGAAAAUAUUUAAUCAAAACCCUUGUUCACCCUGAUUAAAUUCAACUGCUCUAUUUAAAAAAUGUAGUAAAGGGGGGGUGGGGGGGAUUUGCCUGGGAUUCAAGUAUCCACUCUACCACCACAACAUGAGUUUAGAACAUCGCAUCAUGCCAGGGAAUGGCACCGGAAGAUGACAGCUGAUCUCAGACUUUUGAUGCUGGGGUUGGAUUUAACCAUGGCAGAAGGUCACACUUUGUGGAAAACUCUCCACCGGAGUGCUGCUGUCUUGGGGCCCAUGGACUGGAUGGAGCACAGAUUGACUCCACAAACAGUAACCAAUCAAAAAUGAUGGGACGGUGAGGGGAUUCUGCCACAGCAUAAUAACAUCAUGAUACAAUCUCAUGAUGUCAUGGCCCAAGGCCAGAGAUGACCAAUAAGUUUCUGAUCUGUCUCAUGGAGAUGUGUGUGGAAUUGUGCCCACAGCCUACAGAGUGUGAGCCGCGCAUUAUGACUAAAGCUACGAUUUUGGCAUGACAAUGUUUUGUAAAAUAUAAAACAAUUACGAAAAGUUCACGGAAUAACUUGGGGCAGUGCCCCAUCCAAAAUUCGCUUAAAUUUGAACAUUAUACUUACUUUGAAAUGUAAAAAACUUAAAAUUAUUAUUUUAGUGUAUUUUACUGAAAUGAAGUGGCUAAUUUAUAUUUGAUUUGAAUAUAACUGAUUUGAAAUCCACUUAAAUACGUCCCUCCUGCCCUCUGCCACAUGGCCACCAUGGCUUUGGAAGUAAUCAACAUCGUGCACAGAGAAUACAGAUUUCUAUUUUUAUAAUUCUGUAAACAUUUUUUUUUACCAAUUAUGGAUGAGAAUAACAUUCAUAGUGAGUGUGAAAGGCCAGAGAAAAAAACUGUGAUUUUCCCACUCAGUGGGCAGUUGAACCUCCACAAUCUCACGUCAUAUUAGAAUGUUUAUCAGGCUUCACGUUCCUCCCACGUAUGCGCCCCCUCCCAAAAAUGAACACCCCCCCCACUCUCUCUCUCUUUCUUCCUUUGUACAAAAGUGCUACACAGAUGUUAGCUGUUUUCCACUUAAUGGAAAUACAACCAGUUGCAUUAUUUUGUGAAAGAGCGACAUUUAAGUACCACAUCAGCUGUUUUUCCAUUUUUUUAAAACACCAACCAACCCCACCCAUUUCUAAUCCCAUCAACCACCAUAACAGGAUCAACUUCACCGAAUACGACGUGUCGUUAUUGGGCCAGCCUUACUCGCCAGUGGAUUAAAUUCCCCUUUAAAGCUCCUCACUGCUGCAUACAAAAAUCACACUGCCGAUUAACAUGCGCUGCAUUCAUGCGUGAAAUCAAUGAGCUCCUAACUGUAAUAUCGGUAUGAGAGGCCCAAUGGCUAGAGGAUAUGGCUUUUAAUCGGUCUGUUGUGAGCUUGAAUCUUCGAUGGGGUUGACCCAGCCCUUCAUGGAAGAUUACACUGCAGAACUGCGAUAUUGGAUAAAUAAGUACCACAGUGUGGGAAGGCAACAUUCAUUCUGUCGAUAGACUCCAUCAGACAGAUGCAUGUGGAAUUUCCCAACACUGGCUCAGGGCUGUAAAAUCAGAUGAAUUGUUACACCUUGCUCACUUGAGCAAGAAACCAUUUUAUCUUGGACAUGUUUGGCCGUAUGCUAAAUGCCGCUGCAGGAAAUACACACAUAACGCAUGGCACCUUUCGAUGAGACAUGUCAUAGUCUACAACAAAAGUAAACCAAAUUUAAACAUAUACCACUCGCCCACAGCAAUCUCUCUUCAGCGAGUGUUUGGGGUGCCCAACGGUGUCAUGGUAUAUGCAUGAGGUCGUGGGUUCGAUCACAACCCUGAUGCCUGUAUAUUUGGCGUUUGCAUGGCUCUCUCCCUAUGGUCACGUAGAUUUUUAAUCCGGGUCCUCCGGUUUUUCCCUCCACAUU